AUGGGCUCCAACGAAACCCCCGACGGCGCAGCCUUCAAAGUGCUCGAGUACUCGGAUGAGAUCCACGCCGAGCGCCCCGAGGACCUGCGCAUUGGCGAGCAUGGAUACAAGUACCGACUGGUGGAUGGCCGCGUGAUGCCGCCAUACAUUACGCCCGAACGGUACGCGUUGUCACGGACGGUCAGCACGCGGCCCUCCGAUAUCUGCUUCGUCUCGUACCCCAAGUCGGGCUCGACAUGGCUGUCGUACAUCAUCGUGCUGCUGGCGACGGGCUCGAACCCCUCGGGCGCGACGCUGCGCGACUCGCUGCACUGGGUCGAGAGCAGCUGGACAUACCCGCGCAGCGCGGAGGACCUGGAGCGCGCGGCGGCACCGCGGAUCUUCAAAUCGCACAUGCCGUACUCCAUGGCCCUCGGUGGCGAGCCGGCCAAGAACCCAUGCCGGUACAUCUACAUCGGCCGCAACCCCAAAGACGUCUGCGCUUCCUACUACUACUUCGAGAGUGGCAAGAGCUGGUCCGGCUAUUACAACGGCGGCUGGGACCACUGGCUCGAUAUGUUCACGAGCGGGCGCGUGCAGCGAGGCGACUGGUUCGACCACGCCCUGAGUUGGUGGGAGCAUCGCGACGCCGACAACAUCCUCUUCCUCACCUUCGAGGACCUCAAAGUCGACACCCGCGGCCAACUGGAGAAGAUCGCCAAGUUCUUGGGCCUCACCGUGAGCGAUGAUCAGCUGCGCGAUGUUGAGCGCAAGAUUGGCUUCGACCAGAUGCAGCAGACCGAGUUUAGCGGGUUGAAGGAUGUCAAGGAAUUCAGCAAGUUCUUUCGCAAAGGCGAGAUCGGCUCGUGGAAGGAGUAUUUCACUGUGGCGCAGAGCGAGGCCUUUGAUCGGUUGUACAAGGAGCGGGUCGGGGAUACCGGGCUUGAAUUUCGCUUCGAGUGA